AUGGUCCGUCGCCCAGACUCAUCUCCUGCUAGGCUAUACACCAAGGCUGCCAUUCCUCAACCUUUGCCAACGCGAUCGUGUUCCGUCAUGUCCCAGCCUACUCCUUCACAAACAGCUGACGACACGUUGGAGACCUCGCCUCUACUCCAAUGGGAAACCCAUCUCCCAACGCUGGCACGAUACAUCGCCAAACUCGUCCCUGGGCCAACUACCAUGGGCACGGCGUCUUUCUUCUCCGACAAGCGCAUUCACGGUGUUGGUGAUGUAACGCUCCGUCGUGGCUCUCCCCUCGAUCUCCGUGACUUUGUCUGCUUCAAGCUCAAGAGCAGCACCUCCAACUUGCAGGAUGUCCAUGUCUUUGGCCACCACACCGACAUUCCCGUUACCGAGUUCAUUCGCCGCGCUGAGGUAACUCUAACAUUGUCUCUAGAAUGCCCCCACAUCCGGUCGUGCUUCCGAAUCCAAGGUGGUUUCACCGGCGCAUUCCUCUUCAUCGGUUUGCUCAGUCUGUUCUUCCUCCACAAGCUCGUCGAGCGUGUCCGUGCUUGUGGCGAGCCUCGUCUCAGACUGGAGGGUGGUGAACAAAUACAUAUUUUGUGCAAGGAUGGAGAUGGUGCUGAGGCUCACCUCCCAUGUCAAUUCACCACUGUCUCACAUUCUCCGACAUCGUCUACCUCAACCAUCACGAUGGGUGUUCCUGGGAUCUCUAAAAUUUUGGAGCCGGCGCGGCGUGUGCAAACUCUGACCGAGUUUGCAACAAAGGAAGGCUUUCAGCUGAAUCCACAUGGCGACAACAUGGUUCGUGUUGGCGUUGAUGUAAGUGUCUGGAUCUGCCAAGCUCAAGCCGCCGCACAUUCCAUGCCUAGGACACAACAGGGUGAAAAUCCAGCCCUCCGCAUAAUUUUUUUCCGCAUCUGCCACCUCCUGGCUCAGUCUAUCCAACCCAUUUUCGUUGCGGAUGGCCCCAAUCGCCCUCGCGUCAAACGUGGAAUAAAUGUCAGGGCCGACAAGCCGCACUGGAUGGAAGCUUACAUUGAGGAUUUCGUUCAAGAAGCUGGGUGCCCCAUGUAUCGCGCCCCAGGAGAGGCUGAGGCCGAGUUGGCUCAGCUGACGGCACAUGGUCUCAUCAAGGCUGUUCUCACCACCGACUUUGAUGUGUUCCUCUUUGGGGGCACAUACAUGAUCAAACCCCCCAACGUAAAAACUGAUGGAGACAGAAUCACAUACUACACGUCUGGUGACAUUCAAGCACAGACAUCCCUCACGUGCGCCAAGUUAAUUUUCAUCGCUAUUCUCGGUGGUGGCGACUAUGACCAGGUUGGCCUCCCUGGGUGUGGUCUCAAGAUAGCUCAUCAACUGGCUCAGGGGGAACUCCCCAACUUACUUUUCACGGCUGCCACUACGCUCCCUCAACAUGAUCUCGAAGACUUUCUUCACGAUUGGCGCAACAAGCUCAUGAAUGAGCUACUUCGUGAUCCACACGGGCUAAUGAACGCGAAACACCCUGCACUAGCCCAGAACAUCCCUUUGGGCUUUCCCAAGCUCGACACCCUUCAGUUGUACAUCUCUCCAGUCACCUCUUGGUCGCAGAAUGGCAAGGGCCCUGAUACCACAUCAUGGACUCUCUGCCAACUCAAUCUAGCCAAGCUCGCAGUCCUCUGCGAGAAAUCUUUUUCGUGGGGAUCUGCCGGCGUCAUCAACGAUCGCUUUCAAAAGAAUGUAUGGCCGGCAGCCGUAAUGCGAAUGCUGCUCAAGCCUGUUGACACUCCCGGAACAAUCGACGAGCAGCUCUCACGCUCCUCCCUGCUACACAUCCGGCAGAGGAAGCUUGGACCGGGCGGCCCAGCUACAGGUGCCAACGUGGACGGCUUCUCCGUCGAGACGGCAACAUUGGCUCUUGCCCGUGAAACUGCCUCCAACCUCGACGAGAGUAUCCGCAAAAAGACACUUCAGCAAAUGCGGGAGCCCUUCUACCCAUGGAUUCCAUCACGAAUUCUCAAACGAAAGGUUCCCGCUCUCACAAAUGAAUUUGGCGCGCGCACGCGUAAGAGAAAGAAACCUCGCCAGCAGCGGUGGAUUAGUUCGGACUCUGAUGAUGGAGUUGUUAUCAUUCCUGCAGCUACUGCGAAUGCUGUUGCCUCAAGCUCUCGUGCGACCCUCGCUCCCAAUGUGAUUGCCUCAAGCUCCACGAUGGCCCUUGCUUCUGCUGCGGGUUCAUCUCUGAACCCAAUCACUGUUGACGAGGAUGAAUCAAAGGGAGGUUUCCUUGGUUUUAUUGAUCUAACUUAG